GAGCGGCCCCUGAGGAAAAUGUCUGACCCUCACAGCAGCCCUCUCCUGGCCGAGCCUCUUUCCAGCAGAUGCAAACUCUAUGAGUCAGAGUUUACCAACCCGAGCUGGCCCUCCAGCCCCCAGGAUACACACCUGGCCCUGCCCCUCCUGGAGAUGCCUGAAGAGAAGGAUCUCCGCUCAUCCAAUGAAGACAGCCAUAUUGUGAAAAUGGAAAAACCCAGCGAAAGGACUAAAAGGAGAGAAAGUGGGGCAGCCCAUCGGGGCUCUGCAGGCUUGGGGGGCAUCAGCCUCUUCCAAGCAGUGGGCUACCUCACAGGGGAGAUGAAGGAGUGCAGGGGCUGGCUGAAAGAUAAGCCCCUGGCCUUCCAGUUCUCAGACUGGGUCCUGAGGGGGGCUGCUCAGGUGAUGUUUGUCAACAACCCUGUCAGCGGACUCAUCAUCUUCAUAGGACUCCUGAUCCAGAAUCCCUGGUGGACGAUUACCGGGGGUCUAGGGACAGUGGUCUCCACCUUAACUGCCCUCGCCUUGAACCAGGACAGGUCUGCCAUCGCCUCCGGCCUCCAUGGAUACAACGGGAUGCUGGUGGGACUGCUCAUGGCCGUGUUCUCGGAGAAGAGGGACUAUUACUGGUGGCUUCUGUUUCCUGUGACCUUCACAGCCAUGACCUGCCCACUUCUUUCCAGUGCCUUGAAUUCCAUCUUCAGCAGGUGGGACCUCCCGGUCUUCACGCUGCCCUUCAACAUGGCCAUGACCCUGUACCUGGCAGCCACCGGCCACUACAACCUCUUCUUCCCCACGACACUGGUGGAGCCCAUGUCUUCGGUGCCCAACAUCACCUGGACAGAGAUGGAGAUGUCCUUGCUGCUACAAGCCAUCCCCGUCGGGGUCGGCCAGGUGUAUGGCUGCGACAGUCCCUGGACAGGCGGCGUCUUCCUGGUGGCUCUGUUCAUCUCCUCGCCACUCGUCUGCCUGCAUGCCGCCAUUGGCUCCAUCGUGGGGAUGCUGGCGGCCCUGACGGUGGCCACGCCCUUUGGGAGGAUCUACUUGGGCCUCUGGAGCUACAACUGUGUCCUCUCCUGCAUCGCCAUUGGGGGCAUGUUCUACGCCCUCACCUGGCAGACCCACCUGCUGGCCCUUUUCUGUGCCCUGUUCUGUGCAUACAUGGGAGCGGCCUUCUCCAACAUAAUGUCGGUGGUUGGUGUGCCACCAGGCACCUGGGCCUUCUGCCUCUCCACCCUCAUCUUCCUGCUCCUGACGACCAACAACCCUGCCAUCUAUAAGCUCCCACUCAGCAAAGUCACCUACCCAGAGGCCAACCGCAUCUACUACCUGAAAGUGAAGAGCAAUGAAGAAGAGAAGUCCCCCAGCGGUGACUAGCCAACUCCUAGGCAGAAAUGCUCUUUGCCUGGACCUGGUGUCUGCUCCCUAUGGUCUCAGCUCUGGGUCAAUCUGCUGCAGCACUCCCCUUCUGUGCCUCUCCUGUUAGAACCAAACACACCUGUACCUCCCUUUCCCUGGUGCUCAUUUUUCUCUCUCUGCCCAAAUAGCCAUAACUAUCCAUAUAUGACUUUAGAGGAAGUUGGUAUGAGCUUGCAGAGUUAGAAGUAAGACAUGUGCUUUCAAUGUCAUUGUCUUAAAACAAAAACAUUUCUCUUUAGUCUUUUAGGAAGAUGAUUACAAGAUGGUCUUCAUGGCAUGUUUAGCUGAAUAAUAGAUGCUGUAAAAUUGAACUUGCUGAGUCGUUCCCAGGCAGACUCGGAGUGGGUGGAAAUUCAGGGGAUACAUGCAAAGAGUUGAAGGUGCAUUGAGUUAGUGGCUGAUGAGCACACCCAGCAUUACAUAAAAGGGAGGGAUUUCACAUUGAUAGAGUUUUAAAGUCAAAGCAGGGACAAUUAGAGCACUGGGAGUGUCUAAAUAGGAAGUCUCGAACAUUCAGUGGUCAGAGUAAGGGCAAGAUGCUAUCUCAUAGCAGGAAGCAAUUCAUAAAAAUUAGAAUCCCACAUAUGACUUCUAUUAUUAAAAAAAAAGGUAAGAAACUUAUCUCAUUCUCCUAUUUGCCUGUGGGUGUUAGAAGCUUUAUGAGGUCUGUGAUACUUAAAUGGUUAGCCUGAGUAGAAGGACAAACAAUUAUCCAUGAAGUUCAUAAUUUGACUUCCCAAUUACAGUCAUUAACUUACAUUCAGUCUCCAUUUAUAUGUAUAUCAGGGCUCAGCAAACUUUUUCUGGAAAGGGUCAAACAGUAAAUGUUUUUGGUUCUGGA